UUAUUUCACAGAAGUUUUUGAGACAGAAAUGAAGCUGAAAAAAUCACCUGAUAAGAAAUAUGUUCCUCUUAAUACCUAUGAGGUUUUCUUUGCUUCUCUGCUUGCAAUUUUUGUGUGUGUUUGUGUUGGACUGAUUGUACUUUCUUGGUUAUCAAUCCAGGAGUUGGAACGAGCUGAAGCAGAUGUGAAUACUCAUGGCUAUAUGGGAAUAUUUAAAAUAGUCUCUGGCACAUCUUUCACUCCAGACUUACAAAACAGUUCAUCAUCUGAUUUCAAAGUCCUUGCCUUUGAUGUUGAAAAACUGAUACAAAAUAUCUUUCACGAAAGUGAUCUGAAACACAAAUUUGGGCGAUGUGAAAUUUCCCAGUUCACGAAAUCUGAAGAUGACAGUGACAGAUUGACAACAGAGACUGGUGUGGUUGUGAUCCUCACCCUUUAUUUUACCCAGAUGGUAACAACUGAGAAAGUGAAAAAUGAGCUGGUUUUGGGCGUCAUUGCAAAUAACCCUAAUCCUUCCAAGACUUUGAAAAUUGAUGUGAACAGCAUACAGGUCACAGAUAAUAUCACUACUGAAAAUCCUACUACAGUGAUGCCUUUAACCUCUUCAGGUCCCGCGAGUUUAAUUACAAGUUCCCUGACACCAACUUCAGGUUCAGGACUAUUCACCACAAGCAAGUCCUCAACAACAGUGGCUGAAUGUUUGCCACCUGCUGAACUCUGUGCUGAUGGUGUAACCUGCAUUAACCAAGAUUUCUUUUGUGAUGGAGUCUUGAACUGCCCAGAUGGUUCAGAUGAAUCUGAAAAAAGAUGUGCUGCAGUUUGUGAUGGAAAAUUCAUGUUGACUGGUUCCUCUGGGUUUUUUCACUCUAUGAAUUAUCCAAACCCAUAUAAUGAAAACAUUGCCUGCCAAUGGAUAAUAGUAGUGCCUGAAGGAUUGUCCAUUAAACUGAGCUUCACUUCUUUUGAAACACAACCAUAUGCAGACAUAUUGAGUAUUUUUGAAGGAUUAGGACAAAACAAGAUUUUAAGAGCUUCUCUGUCAGGGAUCAAUCUUGAAACAAUUUACAUAUUUUCUCAUGAGGCUACAGCACAGUUUACAUCUGAUUAUUCAGAGAAUUAUAAUGGCUUUAAUGCAACGUACACUGCAUUUAAUGCAAGUGAACUAAACAAUUAUGAGAAGAUCAAUUGCACUUUUGAAGACAGCUUUUGUUUCUGGAUACAAGAUUUAGAUGAUGAUUCAGACUGGGAAAGAGUUCAGGGUCCUACCUUUCCCUUGAUGACUGGUCCUGAAUUUGAUCAUACAUUUGGCAACUUGUCAGGAUUUUAUAUUUCAACACCCAUUGGACUUGGAUUCAUAGAAGAACGAGUCCGGAUUCUGAGUUUGCCUUUGGUCCCUUCAGAUCUGUAUUGUCUAAGCUUUUGGUAUUUCAUGUAUGGGAGUAAUGUUUACCGUUUACAAGUUAGCAUAAGUGAUGAGGAUGGUCAGGAAAAGAUCAUUUUCGAGAGAGAAGGAAACUAUGGAGACAACUGGAAUUAUGGACAAGUAACUUUAAAUGAAACAUCUGAUUUUAAGGUUAUUUUUGAUGCCUUUAAAAGGCGUGGUCCCAGUGAUAUUGCCGUGGAUGACAUUGGCCUGACGAAGGGAAAGUGCAAUGACAACAAUUAUGUAGAGCCAACUGUGAGGCCAACUACUGCUACCACCCCUUUAGUUCCUACUGACUGUGGAGGGCCAGUUGAACUCUGGGAGCCAAACAGUACAUUCAGCUCUGCAAACUUUCCAAACAAUUACCCUAACUUAGCUUCCUGUGUGUGGUAUUUGAAUGCUGAAAAUGGAAAAAACAUCCAGCUUCAUUUUCAGGAUUUUGAUCUGGAAAAUAUUUAUGAUGUGGUUGAAGUCAGAGAUGGCAGAGGACCAGAUUCCUUACUUUUGGCUGUCUACACAGGGAAAGGCCCACUGCCAGAUGUCUUCUCUACAACAAACCAGAUGACAGUGAUCUUCCAGACGGACAAGUCUUCAACGGGGAAGGGAUUUCUUGCAAACUUUACGACUGGCUACCAUCUAAGGGCUUGCACAGUUGAUGAGCACCAGUGUGGUAGUGGGACGUGCAUCCCAUUGUAUAACCUGUGUGACAACGUACCUCAAUGUGAAGAUGGCUCUGAUGAAGCAAAGUGCAUGAGAUUAUUCAAUGGCUCUCUGAGCACUGAAGGGCUGGUCCAGGCCAGGAUUGGGAAGUCGUGGCAUCUGGCAUGUGCAGAUGAUUGGAGUGGAGAGAUUUCAGACAGUGUUUGCCAGCUGUUGGGGUUGGGGGAUGCAAAUAUGUCGUCAGCUGUAUUAUUCACAGGAGAUGGCCCAUUUGUCACCAUCAGCAAGGGAAGUAACCACAGCCUCAUUUUUACAGAAAGAGAACACUGUUUGGACAACCUUGUGGUUCAUCUGCAAUGUAACAUUCAAUCUUGUGGAAAACACCUGGUAACUCAGAAUAAUGGAACAAGAAUUGUAGGUGGAAGUGAUGCCAGAAGAGAGGCUUGGCCUUGGAUAGUUUCACUCCAGUUUAAUUUCCAACCCGUUUGUGGAGCUUCCCUUGUCAGUGAUGAGUGGCUGGUGACAGCAGCACACUGUGUCUAUGGGAGACAAUUAAAGCCGUCCAGCUGGCAAGCGGUUCUUGGCUUGUACGAUCAGUCAGAUCUGGCACAGCCUCCAGCAGUGGUUCAAAACAUCGACAGAAUAAUUAUAAAUCCUCAUUACAUGAAGGAAACAAAAGACAGUGAUAUUGCUCUGAUGCACCUUCAGCAAAAAGUGGAGUAUACAGAUUACAUACAACCUAUCUGCCUACCAGAAAAAAAUCAACAGUUUUUACCAGGAAUUAACUGCUCCAUUGCUGGCUGGGGAAAAAUCGAGAAUGAAGGUCCUACUUCAAAUGUAUUGCAAGAAGCAGAGGUCCCUCUCCUUUCCAAUGAAAAAUGCCAGCAAUGGAUGCCAAAAUAUAAUAUUACUGAGAAUAUGCUCUGUGCGGGAUAUGACGUGGGAGGAAUAGAUUCCUGCCAGGGGGAUUCAGGAGGCCCUCUGACAUCUGAAGAUGGGGACAAGUGGUUUUUGGUUGGUGUAACAUCAUUUGGUGAAGGGUGUGCACUUCCCCAGCGACCAGGAGUGUAUGUUCGAGUCACCAUGUUUGUGGACUGGAUCAAAAACAUCAUCUAUUAGCUCGAUAUUUUUAAAUUAUAGAAAUAGAAUUUCGAUGUUGAAAGACAUUUUAUAAUGAUGUAAACUAGGCUGCCAUUCCAAUCUCACAGAGAAACUGAAUACAUAAAUCUUGGUGAGGAAAACAUUGGUAACUUCUCUUUGUUAAUAAGACCCAGUUCCAAGUGAGCACAAUAUUUCAAAAGAGAUGCUGUGAUUUUGUUAAUAAAUGGUUUUAUCAUUUUGCUUUUUGUUUUAUAUAGGAUCUUUAAAAAACAGAUUCUUUGAACAUCAGUGCAUUGAUUGCACAGUGGAGGGCUUUACAAAGCAUAGGCAGUAAAAAGAAGUUUGCAGACUGUAAAUGCUAUAGUGGAAAAGAAUCAAAAUUGUUGAUAGAAGGUGAAAUAUUAUCUGGUAUAUGCUUUUACAUUGUGUCUUUCAAUGUGCAAUUUCAUAUUAAUGAAGAGUUAACUCUUCCCAGCAAUCUCUCUGCAUAUCAAUAUGAAGUUGUGUGUUCUGUCUUUAAACUGGGUUUAUGGGAGUUCCUCUGCCUUUCCUGUCACAAAAGGCUCGGGACUGAGGUUUAUGGAUUGUGCAGAAAGGCUGACCAUGGAUCAUGCUGCUUUCUAAUGAAUAAACUGAAUGGCAGCCAAAA